AUGAUGGAUUUUCUUAUUCUUCUCCUCUUACUUUUUGCUGGAACUUCGGAAACACAGGCUGAUACUUUCAAUGCUGUUGCUGGUAGCAGGUACGAUGUAACUGUCUCUUCCAUUUCUGCUACAACAUAUAGCUCACCUGUUAGCAGAACAGUGACAACAAAUGUAACAAAACCAGGGCCCCCAGUGUUUCUAGCAGGGGAAAGAGUUGGGUCUGCUGGGAUUCUCCUAUCUUGGAAUACACCACCUACUCCAAAUGGAAGAAUUCUCUCUUACAUUGUGAAAUAUAAGGAAGUUUGCCCAUGGAUGCAAACUGUUUACACACAAGUUAGAGCAAAGCCAGACAGUCUGGAAGUUCUUCUUACAAAUCUUAAUCCCGGAACAACGUAUGAAAUUAAGGUUGCUGCUGAAAAUAGCGCUGGCAUUGGCGUUUUCAGUGAUCCAUUUCUCUUCCAAACUGCUGAAAGUGCACCAGGAAAAGUUGUGAACCUCACAGUUGAAGCCUUUAACUAUUCAGCAGUGAACCUGAUUUGGUAUUUACCUCGACAACCAAAUGGCAAAAUUACAAGCUUCAAGAUCAGUGUCAAACACGCCAGAAGUGGGAUAGUAGUAAAAGAUGUCUCAAUCCGUGUAGAGGACCUUUUAACUGGGAGAUUGCCAGAAUGCAAUGAAAAUAAUGAAUCAUUUUUAUGGAGUACGACCAGCCCUUCUCCAACCCUGGGUAGGGUUACACCCACAGUGAGAACCACACAUGCAUCAAGCACGUUGACAAGGAGUAAGAUAAGCUCUGUGUGGAAGGAGCCUAUCAGUUUUGUGGUGACACAUUUGAGACCUUAUACAACGUAUCUUUUUGAAGUUUCUGCUGUUACAACUGAAGCAGGUUAUAUUGAUAGUACAAUUGUCAGAACACCAGAAUCAGUGCCUGAAGGACCACCACAAAACUGUGUGACAGGCAACGUUACAGGAAAAUCCUUUUCAAUUUCAUGGGACCCACCAACUAUAGCAACAGGAAAAUUUAGUUAUAGAGUUGAACUAUAUGGACCAACAGGUCGAAUUUUGGAUAACAGCACAAAAGACCUUAAAUUUACAUUCGCAAACCUAAUACCCUACACAAUGUAUGAUGUGUAUAUUGCAGCUGAAACCAGUGCAGGAAUUGGACCCAAAUCAAAUAUAUCAAUAUUCACUCCUCCAGAAGUUCCAGGUGCAGUAUUUGAUUUACAACUUGCAGAAGUAGAAGCCACACAAAUAAGAAUCACUUGGAAGAAACCACAACAACCAAAUGGAAUCAUUAACCAAUACCGAGUGAAAGUGACAAUUUCCGAGACAGGCAUUAUUUUGGAGAAUACUUUGCUCACAGGAAUAGAUGAGUAUCUAAAAGACCCCCUGGCUCCAGAAAAAAUGAACGUAGUGGAGUCAAUGGCAGAGUUACUCGAGGGCUCGGCGGAGCUGUCUUCCGACCUGUAUUCACUCGCUUCAGUUAUCUAUAACAGUCAUCCACAUACCCACUUUCCUGCAAGAAAUAGAGCUGAAGACCAGCAUGUGGGAACUACUAGGAAUCAGUAUAUCACUGACAUUACUGCUGAACAGCUGUCUUAUGUUAUCGGGAAACUUGUACCUUUCACUGAGCACAUGAUUAGUGUAUCUGCUUUCACCAUCAUGGGAGAAGGACCGCCAACUGUUCUCAGUGUUAGAACACGUGAGCAAGUGCCAAGCUCCAUUCAAAAUAUUAACUAUAAAAAUAUUAGUUCUUCAUCAAUUUUGUUGUAUUGGGAUCCUCCUGAGUUUCCAAAUGGAAAAAUAACUCAUUAUACAAUUUAUGCAAUGGAACUGGAUACAAAGAGAGCCUUCCAGAUGACUACUCUUGACAACAGCUUCCUCAUAACAGGGUUAAAUAAAUAUACAAGAUAUAAAAUGAGAGUAACAGCCUCAACUCAUGUUGGAGAAAGUUCUUUGUCUGAAGAAAAUGACAUAUUUGUGAUAACUCCAGAGGAUGAACCAGAAUCAUCACCUAAAGAUGUUGAAAUCCUUGAUGUUACUGCGCAUGAAAUAAGUUUGAGGUGGUCACCACCCGAGAAACCCAAUGGGAUUAUUAUUGCUUAUGAAGUCCUCUAUCAAAACACAGAUGCCUUAUUCGCAUGGAACACCUCAACCACAGAUAUAAUUUUGAGGGACUUGAAACCUUACACUCUCUAUAACAUUUCUGUAAGGUCAUAUACCAGGGUUGGUCCUGGACAUCAGUUAUCUUCUUUACUUCCUGUGAGGACUUCAGAGACUGUGCCUGAUAGUGCACCAGAAAAUAUUACUUACAAAAAUAUUUCUUCUGGAGAGAUUGAGCUAUCAUUCCUUCCCCCGAGGAGUCCCAAUGGAAUCAUACAAAAAUAUACAAUUUAUCUCAAGAGAAGUAAUGGAAAUGAAGAAAGAACUAUAAAUACAACCUCUUUGACCCAGAGUAUUAAAGAACUGAAGAAAUAUACUCAAUAUCUGAUUGAGGUAUCUGCCAGUACACUCCAAGGUGAAGGAAUUCGAAGUGCUCCCUUAAGUGUACUGACUGAAGAAGAUGCUCCUGACUCGCCCCCCCAAGAUUUCUCUGUGAAACAGUUGUCUGGUGUCACGGUGAAGUUGUCAUGGCAACCACCCUUGGAGCCAAAUGGAAUUAUCCUCUAUUACACAGUUCAUGUCUGGGAUAGCUCAUUAUCAAAAUCUAUAAAUGUAACGGAAACAUCACUGGAGUUUUCAGAUUUAGAUUAUAACGUUGAAUAUAGUGCUUAUGUAACAGCUAGCACCAGAUUUGGUGAUGGGAAAGUAAGAAGCAAUAUCAUUAACUUUCAAACACCAGAGGGAGCACCAAGUGAUCCUCCCAAAGAUGUUCAUUAUGUUAACAUCAGCUCUUCAUCAAUACUUCUCUUCUGGAGACCUCCUUCAAAACCUAAUGGAAUUAUACAAUAUUUUUCUAUUUAUUAUAGAAAUAAUUCAGGUAUUUUUAUAAAGAAUUUUUCACUCCAUGAAGUAUCCAAUGACUUUGACAAUAUGACCGUUUCUGCAAUAAUAGAUAAACUGGCAGUAUACAGCUACUAUACACUUUGGGUAACAGCAAGUACUUCAGUUGGAAAUGGGAAUAAAAGCAGUGAUAUAGUUCAAGUAUAUACAGAUCAAGACAUCCCUGAAGGGCCUGUUGGAAACCUGACUUAUGAGUCCAUUUCAUCGACUGCAGUAAAUGUGAGCUGGUGCCCACCGUCUCAGCCGAAUGGUCUAGUUUUCUACUAUGUUUCUCUGAGCUUACAGCAAACUUCUGGACAAAUUAGACCACCUCAGAUUACAUAUGGAAGAAGCAUGUAUUUUGACAAUCUGGAAAAAUAUACUGACUAUAUAUUACAAAUCACUCCAUCAACAGAAAAAGGCUUCUCUGACGUGUAUACUGCCCAGCUACACAUCAGAACCGAGGAAGAUGUCCCAGAAACUUCACCAAUAAUCAACACUUUUAAAAACCUUUCCUCUACCUCAGUUCUCUUAUCCUGGGAUCCCCCAGUAAAACCAAAUGGUGCAAUAAUAAAUUAUGAUUUAACUUUGCAAGGACCAACUGAGAAUUCUUCUUUAAUUACUUCUGAUAACUAUGUAAUAUUGGAAGAUCUUUCACCAUUUACAUUAUAUAGAUUUUUUGCUGCUGCAAGAACUAUAAAAGGCCUCGGUCCUUCCAGUAUUCUUUUCUUUUACACAGAUGUGUCAGUGCCUUUAGCACCUCCUCAAAAUUUGACUUUAAUCAACUACACUUCAGACUUUGUAUGGCUGAAAUGGAGCCCAAGUCCUGUUCCAGGCGGUAUUAUUCAAACAUACAGUUUUAAAAUUCAUGAACAUGAAAAUGAUACUGUUUUUUAUAAGAAUAUUUCAGGCUCUCAGACUGAAGCCAAACUUGUUGGACUGGAGCCAGUGAGCACUUAUUCUAUCAGCAUAUCUGCCUUUACCAAAGUUGGAAAUGGCAAUCAGUUUAGUAAUGUAGUAAAAUUUACAACCCAAGAAUCAGUUCCAGAUAUUGUACAGAAUAUACAGUGUGUUGCAACUAGCUGGCAGUCAGCGUUGGUGACCUGGGAUCCACCCAAAAGAACAAAUGGAAUAAUUACAUAUUAUAUGAUAACAGUAGGAAGAAAUUCUACCAAAGUCUUGCCUGAAGAUCACACGUAUACAUUUAUGAAACUUCUUGCCAACACCUCAUAUGUCUUAAAGGUAAAAGCCUCAACCUCAGCUGGUGAAGGUGAUGAAAGUACAUGUAACAUCAGCACGCUACCGGAAACAGUACCCAGUGUUCCCGGAAAGAUUGCUUUUUCUCAUGUUCAGUCAACUAGUGCAACACUGACAUGGAUGAGACCUGAAACAAUUCAUGGUUACUUCCAAAAUUAUAAGAUCACCACUCAACUUCGGGCUCAAAAGUGCACAGAGUGGGAACCUGAAGAAUGUGUUGAAAAUCAAAAAGUCCAGUACCUCUAUGAAGUUGAUCUAACAGAAGAGACAGUAUAUGGAUUAAAGAAAUUUAGAUGGUAUAGAUUCCAGGUGGCUGCCAGCACUAAUGCUGGUUAUGGAAAUGCUUCAAAUUGGAUCUCUACACAAACCCUACCUGGUCCUCCAGAUGGUCCUCCUGAAAAUGUCUAUGUAGUAGCAACUUCACCUUUUAGCAUCAACAUCAGCUGGAGUGAACCCGCUGUCAUUACUGGACCAACAUUCUAUCUGGUAGACAUCAAAUCGGUUGAUAGUGAUGAAUUUAAUAUUUCAUUAAUCAAAUCCAAUGAAGAAAAUAAAACCAUAGAGAUUAAAGAUUUAAAAAUAUUUACAAGAUAUUCCGUGAUAAUCACUGCCUUUACUGGAAACAUUAGUGCUGCCCAUGUAGAAGGAAAGUCAUGUGCUGAAGUGAUUGUUACUACUUUAGAAUCAGUCCCUAAGGAUCCACCUAACAACAUGACAUUUCAGAAGAUACCAGAUGAAGUUACAAAAUUUCAGUUAACAUUCCUUCCUCCUUCUCAACCCAAUGGAAAUAUCCAAGUUUAUCAAGCAUUGGUUUGCCGUGAAGAUGAUCCUAUGGCUGUCCAAAUUCAUAACCUCAGUAUUAUUGAGAAAACUGACACAUCUGUCAUUGCAAUGUUAGAAGGGCUGAAAGGUGGGCACACAUACAAUAUCAGUGUUUAUGCAAUCAAUGGUGCUGGUGCAGGGCCAAAAGUUCAGAUGCGAAUAACCAUGGAUAUUAAAGCUCCAGCAAGACCAAGAACCAAACCAAGCCCUAUUUAUGAUGCAACGGGAAAACUUCUUGUGACUUCAACAACCAUUACAAUCAGAAUGCCAAUAUGCUACUACAGUGAUGAUCAUGGACCUAUUAGAAAUGUACAAGUACUUGUAGCAGAAGCAGGAGCUCAGCAUGAUGGAAACAUAACAAAAUGGUAUGAUGCCUAUUUUCAUAAGCCAAGGCCAUAUUUUACAAAUGAAGGCUUCCCUAACCCUCCAUGUACAGAAGGAAAGACUAAGUUCAGCGGAAAUGAAGAAAUCUACAUCAUAGGUGCUGACAAUGCGUGCAUGAUUCCAGGAAACGAAAAUAAACUUUGCAAUGGACCCCUGAAACCAAAAAAGCAAUACUUAUUUAAAUUUAGAGCCACAAACGUCAUGGGACAAUAUACUGACUCUGAUUACUCUGACCCUGUUAAGACUUUAGGUGAAGGGCUUUCAGAAAGAACUGUAGAGAUUAUUCUUUCAGUCACUUUAUGUAUCCUUUCAAUUAUUCUUCUUGGAACAGCUAUCUUUGCAUUUGCAAGAAUUCGACAGAAGCAAAAGGAAGGUGGCACAUACUCUCCUCGGGAUGCAGAAAUUAUUGACACUAAAUUCAAGCUGGAUCAGCUCAUCACAGUGGCAGAUCUGGAACUGAAGGACGAGAGAUUAACGCGGUUACUUAGUUAUAGAAAAUCCAUCAAGCCGAUUAGUAAGAAGUCCUUCCUGCAGCACGUUGAGGAGCUUUGCACUAACAACAACCUAAAGUUUCAAGAAGAAUUUUCGGAACUACCAAAAUUUCUUCAGGACCUUUCUUCAACUGAUGCUGAUCUGCCAUGGAACAGAGCAAAAAAUCGUUUUCCAAACAUAAAACCAUAUAAUAAUAACAGAGUGAAGCUGGUAGCUGAUGUUGGUAUUCCAGGAUCUGAUUAUAUUAAUGCCAGCUAUGUUUCUGGCUACUUAUGUCCAAAUGAGUUUAUUGCUACUCAAGGCCCACUACCAGGAACAGUUGGGGAUUUUUGGAGAAUGGUGUGGGAAACAAGAGCAAAGACCUUAGUGAUGCUUACACAGUGUUUUGAAAAAGGGCGGAUCAGAUGCCAUCAGUAUUGGCCAGAGGACAACAAACCAGUGACAUUCUUUGGAGAUAUAGUGAUCACAAAGCUAAUGGAAGAUGCUCAAAUAGAUUGGACCAUCAGGGAUCUGAAAAUUGAAAGGCACGGAGAUUGCAUGAUUGUUAGACAGUGCAACUUUACUGCCUGGCCUGAGCAUGGUGUUCCAGGAAACAGUGCCCCAUUAGUCCACUUUGUGAAGUUGGUUCGAGCAAGCAGAGCACAUGACACCACCCCUAUGAUCGUGCACUGCAGUGCUGGAGUUGGAAGAACUGGAGUUUUUAUUGCUUUGGAUCACUUAACACAGCAUAUAAAUGAUCAUGAUUUUGUGGAUGUAUAUGGACUCGUAGCUGAACUGAGAAGCGAAAGAAUGUGCAUGGUACAGAACCUGGCACAGUAUAUCUUUUUACACCAGUGCAUUCUGGAUCUCUUAUCAAAUAAAGGAAAUCAUCAGCCCAUCUGCUUUGUUAACUACUCAGCACUUCAGAAGAUGGACUCUCUCGAUGCCAUGGAAGGUGAUGUUGAGCUCGAAUGGGAAGAAACCACCAUGUAA